AUGGACGUCACCAUCGUGUUUUUCACGUGGAUACGGAGAAGUGCUGAUCACCCACCACUCCCCACAGCCAGCAACAUCCUUCAUACUAUACCGGAAACGGUGUACGAGACCCGGCUCCCCGACCUCGAGCCCCACGGUACCCACGGCGGUUCCCACGCUGCAGCGGGUCAGUCGGUGUGGGAGGACGUGGCGCACGGCCUUCACGGUACAGCGGGUCACUCGGUGUGGGAGGACGUGGCGCACGGCCUUCACAAAGCCAGUAUCACGAUUCUCGGAAUUCUGUUCUUUGAGAGCAUCCUGAAGAUUAUUUGCAUGGGGAAAGAAUUUUUGUCCAAGAAAUUGGAAGUAUUCGAUACGAUUGUCGUGAUUGUAUCGUUCGUGGUUGAUGUGGCGCUACUGCGGGGCCUCACACAGUUCAAGGUGCAGGACGCUCUGCUCAUCCUCUCUUUCCUGUUGCCAUGGAGAGUCAUUCGAGUCGUCAACAGUCUGAUAGUGGCGGUGCUGGAUCACGAGCACUUCCGGCUGAAGAUGCUGUACAAGGAGAAGAAGAUAAUUUCAGCGCAACUUGAGAGGCUGGAGGAAACUGAAAAGCGAUGGGACUUUCAUCUUCAGAAGAUUGAAUCGUUUUGCGAGAGCGAGGGCAUCCCCAAAUGGAAGAUCCGCCAACAUACUGCUCUUGGCAGGAAGCAGUCGACAAUUACUACAAUGGCGUCUCUCGCACUAUGUGGCAUGCUUCCGGGAAUUAUCAUGGGCCCGGGCGACAAAAAAAUGUUCAACCGUAUUUUCGAACAGAAUGCGAACGCGCAUGCAAAAGAUGACGUACCGAAGCCAAAUAACGCCACGAUUACCGCUCUCGUUUCGGCCACCAUCGGCUUAAAGCCAAACAAGAUCAAUAAAAACCCUUCUGUCCCCGUAAUUAAUCUUGACAUCAUUGACGAAAGCGUCAACUCCGAUGAUGAGGACUCAGCAGAUUUCCAGGAAACCGGAAGUCGCUCGAAUGUGAGCGCCAACGGAAGUACGUUCUACAAGACGCCGCGACAAUCCAUCCAAUCGGAUCCGGGUCACGGAGUUCUGAACCUUCCCAAAGGAAGUCUUGCUGCUCACAAGCGCGUGUCGUUUGACCACAUAGAAAUUCGACCCCUUUUGACCCAUCAGACAUCCGUGUGUUCGGAAUACAGCGACGCGGUCGAGAAUGUAGAAACACAAAAUGACAAUAAUGUAACUGACCCCACAAAUCCGGUGAAAUUUGGCAUUGUGUAAACGAUAACAUUGGUGAAAUAUUUGAAUCAGUGUACAGUGACGUAGCCACGUGGAAUCCGAGUGUUGCUAACAACGUGACACAUUGCACUCCUGCUUCGGUCUGGAACCCGUAUUACCAUACAUUGUACGACACAUUUACUUGCCGACACAUUCACUUAAUAACUCGUUUAAUUUUCAACAAUGGUACGGUACUUUACGACACGUUUAUCUAACGACACAUUAUUUAACGAUACAUUAAUUUUACGACACUGUCACACAUUAUGAGAAAUUUACGUAAUGACCAAUUUACUUUACGAUACAGUUUAGGAGAAUAAUACAUUCUCUGCUCCCACACAGAUAAGCAUAUUAUUAUUAUUUUCUUGGACAUUUUCACCAUGUCCUUCGUUUUGAGAACAUAGUGUUGACACAUCUGUAUUUGAGCCAUGCUCUGCGAAAACGUGGCUUAAUGCAUGUGCGUAAAAUGUCGUCCCAUACAAGCCUCUUUAAUUCGCACAGGCUUAUCAGGAGCAACACUUUCCGCUUCCAUGGAAUUGUUAAAACAUACAGUAUAGGCGGAAACUGUCGUUCAUAAUUAGCAUGCGCAGACUGCCAGGCUAACCUGAGUCGGCACCUUAUGCACAUGCAUUAAGCCCUGUUUUCCCAGAGCGCGGCUCAUUUGUUGAUUCUUUAUAAUUCGGUCGUAACUUGUUCUUGUCGUAAAAUAUGUGAUUACACAAGGACCUGCUAUUGCAUACAUAUUGCCUUCGGUUGUCUGGAUGACACACAUUGAACUCUGCUUUAGUCGCCGUUCUAACUGGUCAAAACGUUAACGUUAAUGGUAAAGCGAACAUAUUAACGUAAGUUAUAAUAUAUUAUAUGUAACACCAGAAGAAAAAUGCUCGAAAUGUAAAAAUGUCUUUGUAUGACUUUCUUUUUAAGAAAACAACUGGCAUUUUGUUUAUUUUUUGUUUAAUAAGUAAUAAUAAACCUCGAAUUAGGUAGCCAUAAA